CGGAUGCCUGCUCAGAAAACGCAGGAGACACGUCAACAAAUCUUCCCAAAAAAAUGAGUCAAGGAGAGUGGACGCCCUGUUGGAGUCCGUGUCUGUGACACAUUCAUGCAUCAGGUCCGGACAGACAUGCAAACAUCGCGUCUGUGUUCGGAAGUCGAUUCCGCGCAGGCCUGGUUCGUCUGAAAGGAGCCCACGGUUUGUUUUAAAGAAGAUAGCCGCUGACAGCAUGGACGAAGUGGAUUAUCUGCAGCAGUACGCCGCUGACAGCCUGCCGUUUGAAGAAAAACCAGAGAUCAAACCGCUUGGACUCCAUCAGCUGCAGGAUGCUGAUAUUAACCGAGCCGAUGAUAUUCAGCAACUUGUGGUGAUCAAAGAAGAGGCUCCAUGGGACCAGCAUUACUCGGAACACCUCCACAUAAAGACGGAGCAGGAGGAACUGUGGGCCAGUCAGGAGGGAGAGCAUCUUAAUGGGUUCGAGGAGACUGAAAUCACCGGGUUUCCAUUCAAUAUUCUAGUAAAGAGUGAAGAUGAUGAAGAGAAACCUCAUUUUUCACAGCUUCAUAAAAGCCAAACUAAAGACUGCACGGCGGCUGAGCCUCCAAGCAGCAGCUUGACUAAAUGGAUUAAGAUAGAAACUUACGGAGAGGACGGUAGAUCACUAGAACUAGCCAGGAAACCUGAUCCCAGUACUCAUUUACAAACAAAUAUUGUUAAAGGGGCUUCUGACUCUUCAGAGACGGAGGUCAGUGAUGAGGAUUGGCAGGGCCCGUUGUCAGAUUCUGGACCUGAAACUGAAGACAGUGAAAAUGGAAAGCUCGAGUCGGGCGUUCCUAGUGAGGCGGGACAUAACACUCCGAAAAAAAACUUUAGCUGCUCUGCGUGCGGUAAACAUUUUGUCUACAAGCAGUCUCUUAAGAGACACAUCAGACGUAAUUCAGAAAAUGGUUCUUCCGGCUGUUUGGAUAACAUGAAAUGUUUUAAACGGAAGCAAAGCAUAGACUCGCACAUCAAAAUUUACACGGGAGAGAAACCGUUUGGCUGUGGGUUCUGUGGCAAAAGAGUUAAGUACCUGUACAAUCUUAAAUCACACAUGAGGGUCCACACGGGAGAAAAAUUAUUUGGCUGCGACAUUUGUGGAAAAAGGUUUACGCAUCACCAGAAUCUGAAGACACAUGUGACAAUCCAUUCAGGGGAGAAACCGUUUGUGUGUGAUAUUUGUGGCAAAAGAGCAAGGCAUCAGAAUAAUCUAAAGAUACACAUGAUAGCCCACACAGGAGAAAAACCGUUUGGGUGCGACGACUGCGGUAAAAGAUUUAAACGGAAGACUCAUCUGACGACGCACAUGACUGUCCACACGGCAGAAAAGCCAUUUGGCUGCGACGUGUGUGGCAAAAGAUUUAACCGCAAAUCCCACCUUAGGACGCACAUGAUUGUUCACACGGGGGAGAAACCGUACGGUUGCGAUGUUUGCGGCAAGAAAUUUAACCGAAAAACGCACCUGGAGUCUCACAUCACGGUUCACACAGGAGAGAAACCAUUUGGUUGCGCUAUUUGUGAUCAAGGAUUUACCCAGCAGGGAAGUUUAAAUCGACACAUGAGAUUUCACUUGGGGUAGAAACGUGGUCAAAGUCACAGAGUUUGGUCUGAAAGGGUCAAAGUGUCGCUGAAAGCCACAGCAGAGGCUCUGACUUGCAAGAAUUAUUGCUCUCUUCAUCUGCGUCUACAGUUUGGAGACUAUCUUUUUGUUUUUGUGAUUAAUCUUUGUUGGGAUUCUUGACAUUUUAUGUUACAAGUUAAGAAUUGUGGCAGCACGGUGGCGCAGAAGUUACCACAGUGCUGCCCCACAGAAAGAAGCUCCUGGAUUUGAACCCACUUCCCCUCUGGGGCACCCUGUGUGGAUGCCCUUGGACUUCCUCAGGGUACCCCAGCUUUGUGCCACAGUCAGAGGACAUGCUUGUUAAAUAAAUGGGUAACUCUAAAUUUGCCUUAACUGUGAAUGAGUGUGUAUGGUUGUCUGGACAGGCCCUGUACCCCUCUGUGAGAGCUGUUAGGGCUCCAGCCCCACUCCAACCCUGCACUGGCUUGGCAAGAGCAGUUAAAGUAAUGACGGCUGUAAUGACAUCAUUUAUGGAUUCAGUCAUCUCCUGCGUUGGAUGAGGAUCUGGUCUCUUUAUCGUCCUGCAGUGCUUUUUUUUUUUUCGUUUUGUUUUGUUUGUUUUGUAGGUGUCCCAAAACUAUUUACUGGCCAUUCUUGGCCCUUGCUUCAUGAAACACGUCUUUAAAUACAACUUUCAAAAAAACUUGUGGCUCACAGUGUCCCGGAGCCCGUAGAAGACACUCUUUUGAGCUGAUGUAAGACUUCAGUGUGGAGCAUUAACGAGUAAUCUGUUGUUGUGGAUGGAUUGUCUCUUCUUGCCAUAUGAUGGCAUUUGUCUCUGCCUGUCAGGGACGUUCAGCACGAACUGUUACUGUGAACAGCCAAACAAACGUUGUCUACGCUGGGAGAAUUUGGAUUAUUGUUAACGCCGAUUUUGUUUGCAUUCUCUGAGCGUUUGGAGCGAGAAAUGACGACUGAAGUCAGAGUCAUCAAGCGGAUGGUUUACAAGGUGCAGCGCUCCACCAGCUGGAAAGCUUAAGGCAGUCAACAAAGUUUGACCACAAAAUUAAUUCUGUUUUGUACGUUAGUCUCCUAAUCAUGUCUCCAGCUGUCACAGCUGCACUGAUUCAGCACUCGUAUCUCCUAAUCCAGCCGUCAUUUUUCAUUUAUUCAUCAUUAUUUAUAAUUAUUAAUCAGUUUUUUUUAUUUUGAUUAACCUAAUGAUCAUUGGAGAAAAAUGUUUCCCUCUGUGCCAUUUUGUUUGAGAUAAUUGACUGAAGCAUUUUGUGUGUUAUGAAUUUGAGGAGAACACACUGCAGUGCUUUGAUUCAUGGAUCUAUAAUCCUUAAAAUUUCAAUAAUCAUUUCCUAAAUGAUGAUCAGAACUAAAUGUAACAUUUUGGCCGAAGAUGAUGAACUGAAAAAUAUUAAUUUAAUGUUUGUAUUUAUUGGAUUCCUUAAUUGAAUUUAGGAGAAAGUUACCCAAUUAGUAUUUGAAAUUAUUUUUAGGGGAAAAUUUACACUUUAAAAAAAAAAAGAGAUAAUGAAGGAUUUUAUUUUAUUUUUUAAUUAAUUUUGAGUUUGAACCAACAUGUAGCGUCAUUGGUAGCCUUGCACUUUAAGUUUUUUCCACAUUGAUUUCAGCCUCGAGCUUUGAGUUUUGACUUGAUCACCACAUUGGUUUGUCCAGCAGAUGGCAACAGUGUGACAAAAAAAGAGAUGCAAGGCUGGCACUCUGUUUGCUGUUGUAUACUUGUGUUCUUCAUGCAUCUUUAGUUAUUAAUCAAGUCAAGACAAUAGCUUGUUUAUUAUAAAUUUGAAAGAAUGACAGUGUUACAUUAAAGUGUGUAAAUCAAAAUAAACCCUUUC